AGGCCUUCAAUUCGCCGCUCCUACCUCACCUAGCUUAGCUGCUAGCCACCACCAGUACCACCUCCCAGUGGACAGACACUGGCACCAACCCAAGCAGCUCGCCGGGAGACGCCGACAAUGGCAAUGCGAGCACUACCCCUCGCCCUGCUGCUCGCCCUGCUCGCGUCCACGGCCGUGACCGCGAGCGCGGCGAGGACGCCGACGCUGGUGUUCAUCCUGGCGGGCCAGUCCAACAUGGGCGGCCGUGGCGGGGCCACCCUCAACAACCGCUGGGACGGCGUGGUGCCGCGGGAGUGCGCCCCCUCGCCGCGCACGCUCCGCCUCUCGCCGUCCCUCCGCUGGGAGGAGGCCCGGGAGCCGCUGCACGAGGGCAUCGACGUCGGCAACGUGCUGGGGGUCGGCCCCGGCAUGCCGUUCGCGCACGCGCUGCUCCGCGCCCCGGCCUGCCCCAAAGGCGCCGUCGUCGGCCUCGUCCCCUGCGCCCAGGGCGGCACCCCCAUCGCCAACUGGUCCCGCGGCUCCGACCUCUACGACCGGAUGGUCACCCGCGCCCGCGCCGCCGUCGCCGGCACCAAAGGCAAGGGCAGGAUCGCCGCCAUGCUCUGGUUCCAGGGCGAGACCGACACCAUCCGCCGCGAGGACGCGCUCGCCUACACGGCCAGGAUGGAGGCGCUCAUCCGGGACGUCCGCCGGGACCUCGGCAUUCCCAACCUCCUCGUCAUCCAGGUCGGGAUCGCGACGGGGCAGGGCAAGUUCGUGGAUCUGGUGCGGAAGGCGCAGCGGGCGGUGAGGGCGCCCAACCUCAGGUACGUGGACGCCAUGGGGCUCCCCGUCGCCAACGACUUCACGCACCUCACCACGCCGGCGCAGGUCCGGCUAGGCAAGAUGCUCGCCGACGCAUACGUCGCCACGCUCCACUGAUAACUGAUUCAUCAUAAUCCAGUAACCAUCCAUGAUUACUGACUACCAGUGCGUUUGCCUUGCCCGAUUACUACUAGUAAGCACAUCAUUCAUGCACGCCAUUGAAGAAUUUGGUGAUGAUUGGUGGUGGUGGAUGACAGAUUAAGUGGCUAAUGAAAGAAUCUGCUUAGUUAGUCCGUAGCAGCAGCAUAGACUGUCAGGCUCCAAAAGGUUGAAACUGACUAGAUUAUUGCUGCCAUGAUUUAUGCAUUUUAUUUUAUGUAUGGUGCCGAAAUGUAAACCGGAAGAAAUCUCCGGCGACAUUGUGUUUUUUCUUCCCUCC